UUCUUGGGUUGUCGAUUUUCUUCACAGAUUUACUAGCAUUGCUAUUGAUAUUGGUAAUUUUGUUGUUUUUCUGAUUUGGGUCCAUCCCAUAUUGGUCUAAAUCCUUAUCCUCUAUCUGGGUUCUGUGAAUUCAAAUAGAAGCUUAAAAGCUAUUGGGGACCCAUAUGAUGAUAUCUUUUCGUUUUGCAUUUGUUUCAUUUCUAAUAUGAACGCGUAUGUAAAUCUGGUGUUGAAUUCAAUGGGGUAUACUAUAUAGCAUUUGAUAGUGCCCAGUUUUGAUAAGUUACUGUUGCUGGGUUUCUUGAUAUGAUUCCGUGUUCAUAGAAGGACAAUCCCAUAUGACAAUUGCAAAGCAGAUAAUGGAGUCUCUCCCAGAUGCUAUUGUUCAAUACAUAUUGUCGUACAUGAAUAAUGCCCGAGAUGUGGCGCUUUGUAAUUGUGUAUCCAAGCGAUGGAAGGACUCAAUUCCAUAUAUACGGAGCCUUUUCUUCCCUAGGAACUCCUUUGAUAAUCUCACAGGCAGUGACACUCCUGAUGAUGUUGUAUUGAAGAUGAUUUCUCUGAUUGAAAGAUUGGAGAAUCUUGUUGUUUAUAGCCCAUUUUCGGGUGCUGGGCUUGCUUCAUGGUUGACGCUGAUAGGCCCCUCCCUUAGGUAUCUUGAGCUGCGAAUGGACAAUCUUGCUGAACAAGAGGUCUGCAAUGAACGCCCUUCGAAAUUGGAUUGCUUAACUGCUGCAAAGAAUUUGGAGUCUUUAAAACUUUGGGGAGUCUUAAUGACCCGUUCCCCCAAGUGGGAUGUCUUCCAGAAACUCAAGAACCUUGAAAUUGUUGGUGCAAGGUUGGAGGAUCCUGCGCUGUCAACUGUGCUUCAGGCCUGUCCUAAUCUGACCAAACUGUUGCUGCUUGGUUGCGAAGGAGUCGUUGCAGUUUCAAUUGAGUUGCCACAUCUGGAGCAGUGUAAGCUAGACUUCUAUGGCUUGGGCAAUUGCUCAUUUUCUAUGAACUGCCCAAAAAUUGAGGUCCUUGAGGUGCAAGGAUGUAGUUGGAUUCGGGUUCAGAAGACAAAGCACUUGAGGAAUCUUUCAAUUGCCAAUAAUGCAGGGAGAGUCUACAUGGUUGAUUUUGAAAAACUUGUGGCUCUGGAGUCCUUAUCCAUUAGGGGCGUCCAAUGGUGUUGGGGUGCAAUAAGCAGUAUGCUGCAGUGGGCAAGCGAAGUAAAGCACCUCUAUAUGAAGGUGGAAUUCACAGGAGAUUUCGAGACUCUUCAACCCUUUCCAGAGGUUGACUUUGUUGAUUUUUUUAAUAAUCAUCCAAAGCUGCAAAAUUUUGACAUCCAUGGAGCCAUGUUUGCAGCUCUUUGUCAGAAGAACAGUCUGAAAAAUGUUGAUUCAGGAUUUCUAAUUCCUUGUCUGGAGUCAGUGGUGAUCACAGUGCGAUCACCACUGAAUGCUGAACAGAAAAUGAGCACUCUUGAGUCCUUGUUGAAGUAUGGGAAGAAUCUCAAGAGCAUGGUGAUCAAGGUUCUUCAGAUGAAGAGUAACCAUAGCAGCGCAGAUGAUUUCUUUGAUGAGAUAUGCAGGUUUACAUGCAUGAACCGAAAGAUAGUUAGAAUAGAAUAAAGCUUACUUGGGAGUACACUGCUCAGUUCUCCUCUUUUUAUUUCUCAUCAUUCCUUCAAUUCUCUGAUUUCAGCUUUGACUGCUAAUUUUGGUUGGAACUAUGAUCAUUAUUCAUCGAAUGGAUUAGAUAUUCAGAUAAAAUAAGUUUCUGGCUUUGUCUA